AUGGCCGAAGCAAUAGGCGUAAUCUCCGCCGUCCUCGGCGGUGCCGACGUCUGCCUCCGCACCGGCCGAAGCCUCUACCAGCGCUACCGAAACUACAAAGACGCCGAACAAGACCUCAAAGACCUGACAGUGCUGCUGAAGAACCACUGGCUCAAAAUCGAGGCCAAGCUCGGUCUCAUCAAGGAUCUCCAGGACGUUCUCGGCGAAACCCUACACCAGCACUUCACCGAGCUCUUCGAGAUCCUGAUCCGCAAGUUGGGAGAAGCCCAACACAAAAUUGAGUCAGUGGACCGCAAACAGGGCCGUCUAAAACGUGCCAAGUUCGCCGCGCUGGUCAAGGAGUCGCUGGAAGCCGCCAUUACAGAGCUAGAUAAAUGGCAGGCCCAGGUGGAGCUGCCGUAUUACCUCAUGGCGCGGAUUAGUAACCCGCGCGUGGACGAGAAGCUGGCGGCGGUGACGCAACGGUCAAGGGGGGACACAAAGGGAGCUGAGGAGAUUAAGCGCUUGCGCGACACGAUGAAGAGUGAGAGCGAUGGAGGAGGGACUACACCACGCGGCGGUGAGGGCGGCUGGGCAGGGAGAGGGGGAAAGAGCUGUUGGGUAGAGGCAUCGAGGCUGAGUGACGGUGGGCGGGUGGUUGAUCCGUACGCUAGCUCGGAGCUCAAGCUCGUCAAGCUGGCCGGCAAGGAGUAUCUCGCCGACAUCAUCUUGAUCAAGAACCUCCCCGAUGAAGGCCAGAUGGCGAUGGCGGGGAUCCGGGACGUGGCACGCAUCCUCGCGCAGUCGGAGCCUUUAACGUUCGGCAUCCUGAAGUGCUACGGCGUGGUGAAGGAGUUGCGAAACCACAAGUCAGAGAUAGUUUUCCAGGUGCUCUUCUCGAUCCCGGACAAGCUGGACCAGCCCCGCAGCCUCCGCAGCUACCUGACCGCCGCACAGGACGAGCGGCGGACAAAGUAUCCUCUGAACGAGCGUUUCGCGCUGGCAAAGAGGGUGGCACGGAGCGUCAUGUUUGUACACACGUCCAACCUUGUGCACAAGAGCGUCCGGCCAGACACAAUCGUGCUAUUCCAGGACAGAAAGUCUCUGCUAGGGGUCCCGUUUCUCGUGGGCUUCCAGAAGAUCCGCCCUGCGAGUGGGGCGACAACGAUGGUUUCGGAUGCCGAGUGGGAGAAGGACCUGUACCGGCAUCCAACAAGGCAGGGGCUCAAGCCAGAGGAUACGUACAAGAUGCAGCACGAUAUCUACAGUCUCGGGGUCCUCCUACUCGAGAUCGGCCUCUGGACUUCGUUCGUGCACUGGAACGGGGAGCACAAGCGUUUUGAGCCGGGCCCGGAAUUGAAGGUGGAUGCAGACACGCUGGCGAUGAAGGAUGUUAAGAGGAAGGCAAACAUAAUCAAGGGUCUUCUGCUGAAAAUGGCGAUGGAGUUGCUGCCGGGGGCGAUGGGGCCCAAGUAUGCGGAGGUGGUCAUCUCGUGCUUGACGUGUCUAGACAGGGGGAAUGACAAGUUUGAGAGCGAGGAGGGCCUGGUGGACGAGGAUGGCAUCGUGGUGGGUGUGAGAUAUGUCGAGAUUGUUGCGAUGAAACUAGAGGAAAUAGAGGUCUGA